GGAGGGGGAAGUGAAACUUCGCGUUCCACUUGGCGCCACGAGCCAGAAUUGGGAAGAGGGGCGAAUCCAGGCCGCGAGCCCCGGGCCCUUGGGUCGCGCGUGCAUCAGCUGGGCCUGCAGCGGCCGCCUGGAGCUCCCCAGGAUCCGUUUCUGGCCCUUGCCUCCCCCCGCCGUGCGAGUGGAUCGCUCCGCCGAGCUCCUCCCCCGCUCCCCGCGCGCGGUGGAAAGUUCCAUGCCCCCUCCGGCUGCGGCCGGCCUUCGUAGCGGGGGACGCAGGCUCGGUUGCCAGGGAAAGCCCCGGACGUGACGGCUGAGCGCGACCCCGAGCAGCCUCCCCUCUGGCCGUCCGUCAUUCCCCAGCGCGCGCUACCCUCGAACCCUGCACCGCGCCCCCCCCCCACGCCCCCAGCCCCCGUGGGUUCCAGGCUAGGGAACAGUAAACAGCAGGCCGGAGCGGGGCUCUCGGACCCUGGCCAGGCGGGAGCAUGCUGGAGCUGUGGCGGCCGCGGCUCCCCCCGCCGGGGAUCCUGCUCCUGCUGCCGGUUCUGCUGCCGCUGCUCCUGCCCGCGGCUCCUGCGUCCCACCGCGCCUCCUACAAGCCGGUCAUCGUGGUGCACGGGCUCUUUGACAGCUCGUACAGCUUCCGCCACCUGCUGGAAUACAUCAACGAGACACAUCCCGGGACGGUGGUGACAGUGCUGGAUCUCUUCGAUGGCAGAGAGAGCCUGCGACCCCUGUGGGAGCAGGUGCAAGGGUUCCGAGAGGCUGUGGCCCCCAUCAUGGCAAAGGCCCCGGAAGGGGUGCAUCUGCUCUGCUACUCACAGGGGGGGCUGGUGUGCCGGGCCCUUCUCUCCGUCAUGGAUGAGCACAAUGUGGAUUCUUUCAUCUCUCUCUCUUCUCCGCAAAUGGGACAGUAUGGAGAUACAGACUAUCUGAAGUGGCUCUUUCCCACCUCCAUGAGGUCCAACCUCUACAGGAUCUGCUACAGCCCUUGGGGCCAAGAAUUCUCCAUCUGCAACUACUGGCAUGACCCCCACCAUGAUGACUUGUACCUCAAUGCCAGCAGCUUCCUGGCCCUCAUUAAUGGGGAAAGAGACCAUCCCAAUGCCACAGCUUGGCGGAAGAACUUUCUCCGUGUGGGCCGCUUGGUGCUGAUUGGGGGCCCUGAUGACGGUGUUAUCACCCCAUGGCAGUCCAGCUUCUUUGGUUUCUAUGAUGCAAAUGAGACGGUGUUGGAGAUGGAGGAGCAACUGGUUUAUCUUCGGGAUUCUUUUGGGUUGAAGACUCUGCUGGCGCGGGGGGCCAUCGUGAAGUGUCCGAUGGCUGGGAUCGUGCACACGGCCUGGCACUCAAACCGCACCCUUUACGAUACCUGCAUUGAACCGUGGCUCUCCUGAGGACAUCCACAGGGAUCCCUGCAGACCCUGGCCCAGAGACCAAGCGGUGGCCUUGGAUAGCAGAGGCCAGGCUGUGGUGUGCCUCACUGCUCCCACACUGCCCCCCACCAGCCAGCGCUCCCAGACCCCCGCCCCCCUCCGCUCCUCUGUGAAUGACAGCAAGUCCUGGACGCCCCACCUCCAUCGGAGGCUGCUCCACCUCCCGUGUCCUCCCGAGGCUGAGGAUGGGAAGCGACACACCAGGUUUUUCACGCUGGCCUGGCCGCUGCUGCUGCUUCAUCUCUGGCCAUGCCGGGGGAGAGCCCAGCCUCUGCCCACACGAGGCUCUCUUCCCGGCCACUCAGGACAUUUUUAGCUUCUGUUCUCCCCCUGAUCUCUUUUUCUCUGAACUCCCCCGUCGUCAGCCCUCCCAACCUCUGGAAGGACUACUCGUGAGAGUGGGGUUCUGAGGUUCCCCUAUGGGGACAGUUCCGUUCUUGAAGUGUCAGUGUUGGGGAAUAUCUGUGGCCUGCAAGGCCCAUCUCAGGUUUGGGGAUCCCCCCAGUCCCUAUGUUCAGUGUUGGGGUACCCCUGGGGACCUAGUUUCUUUGAGGCCCCAGCCCCUCUUUUAGCUACCCAUGAAUGGGUAUUGCCCCAGUAUUUAUGGAAAUAAAGUCCCAUU